AAGGGAAAACAUAGAAAGAGCAAGAGUGUGUGAGAGAGAAGCAAUAUGGUCUUGCUCUGUUAAGAGAAAGAGCCUGCAAGCAGCCUGCAACCAGCACUACAAAACCCCAGAGAGACAGUGCAUUGUUGUCUCGAAAGCCACAAAGCUAAACAAUUCCAAGAAUGUCUGGCAAAGCCCUUUUGGGAAGGGCAAGGUGGGGGACUGACUGGGAGAGGGAGCCCCCUCCUCCCCUUUACACAGCGUGACAGGAUUUGGGAGACCUGGCGGAAACCUUCAGGUCACCCAAGGAACUGCUCUCGCGGCUGGUCCUGUGCGGCGAGGCGGGGGGUGAGCGCGAGGCGCGCGGGGCGCGGAGAUGUGCAAGUGGCGAAGCUGGACCGAGUGCAGGCGUAAGCUGCAGAGCGGCUACGGCGAGGGAUUUUAGGUGAUGGGAAGAUCAGAAAGUCAGAUGGAUAUAACUGACAUCAAUGCUCCAAAGCCAAAGAAGAAACAGCGAUGGACUCCGUUGGAGAUCAGCCUCUCUGUCCUUGUCCUGCUCCUGACUAUCAUAGCUGUGACAAUGAUUGCUCUCUAUGCAACCUACGAUGAUGGUAUUUGCAAAUCAUCAGACUGCAUAAAAUCAGCCGCUCGACUGAUCCAGAACAUGGACGCCUCUGUUGAGCCAUGUGCAGACUUCUUCAAAUACGCCUGUGGAGGCUGGUUGAAACGCAAUGUCAUUCCCGAGACCAGUUCCCGAUACAGUAAUUUUGACAUUUUAAGAGAUGAGCUAGAAGUCAUUUUGAAAGAUGUCCUUCAAGAACCCAAAACUGAAGACAUAGUAGCAGUGCAGAAAGCAAAAACCUUGUACAGGUCUUGUAUAAAUGAGUCUGCUAUUGAUAGCAGAGGCGGACAACCUCUACUCAGCUUGUUACCGGAUAUAUACGAAUGGCCGGUAGCAUCAGACAACUGGGAUCAAGCAUAUGGUACUUCCUGGACAGCUGAGAGAUCUAUUGCACAACUGAAUUCAAAAUAUGGGAAAAAAGUGCUCAUUAAUUUUUUUGUUGGCACUGAUGAUAAGACUUCCACCCAGCAUAUAAUUCAUUUUGACCAGCCGCGACUUGGCUUACCUUCCAGAGACUACUAUGAAUGUACUGGAAUAUAUAAAGAGGCUUGCACAGCAUAUGUGGAUUUUAUGAUUGCUGUGGCCAGAUUAAUCCGUCAGGAAAAAAGCUUGCCUAUUGACGAAAAUCAGCUCUCUUUGGAAAUGAACAAAGUGAUGGAGUUGGAAAAAGAAAUUGCCAAUGCUACAACUAAACCUGAAGACCGAAAUGAUCCAAUGCUGCUUUAUAACAAAAUGACAAUGGCUGAGCUCCAAAAUAACUUUUCUCUAGAGAUCAAUGGGAAGCCAUUCAGCUGGUCAAAUUUCACAAAUGAAAUCAUGUCAACUGUGAAUAUUAAUAUUCAAAAUGAGGAAGAAGUGGUUGUUUAUGCUCCAGAAUAUUUAACCAAACUUAAGCCUAUUCUUACCAAAUAUUCUCCCAGAGAUCUUCAAAAUUUAAUGUCCUGGAGGUUCAUAAUGGAUCUUGUAAGCAGCCUCAGCCGAAACUACAAGGAGUCCAGAAAUGCUUUCCGCAAGGCCCUUUACGGCACUACCUCAGAAACGGCAACGUGGAGACGGUGCGCUAACUAUGUUAACGGGAAUAUGGAGAAUGCUGUGGGGCGGCUUUAUGUGGAAGCAGCGUUUGCUGGAGAGAGCAAACACUUGGUUGAAGAUUUGAUUGCACAGAUCCGGGAAGUUUUUAUUAAUACUUUAGAUGACCUCACCUGGAUGGAUGCUGAGACGAAAAAGAAAGCUGAAGAGAAGGCCUUGGCAAUUAAAGAAAGGAUUGGCUAUCCUGAUGACAUCAUUUCAAAUGAUAACAAACUAAAUAAUGAGUAUCUUGAGUUGAACUACAAGGAAGAUGAAUACUUUGAGAACAUAAUUCAAAACUUGAAAUUCAGCCAAAGCAAGCAGUUGAAGAAGCUCCGAGAAAAGGUGGACAAAGAUGAGUGGAUAAGUGGAGCAGCUGUAGUCAAUGCAUUUUACUCUGCAGGCAGAAAUCAAAUAGUCUUCCCUGCGGGCAUUUUGCAGCCCCCUUUCUUUAGUGCUCAGCAGUCCAACUCAUUGAACUAUGGCGGCAUCGGCAUGGUCAUUGGACACGAGAUCACGCACGGCUUUGAUGACAAUGGAAGAAAUUUUAACAAAGAUGGAGACCUCGUUGACUGGUGGACUCAGCAGUCUGCAAAUAAUUUUAAAGACCAAUCCCAGUGCAUGGUUUACCAGUAUGGAAACUUCACGUGGGACCUAGCAGGUGGACAGCACCUCAAUGGAAUUAAUACCCUUGGAGAAAACAUUGCUGAUAAUGGAGGUAUUGGCCAAGCCUACAGAGCCUAUCAGAAUUAUGUUAAAAAGAAUGGGGAAGAAAAAUUGCUCCCUGGACUUGACCUGAAUCACAAACAACUAUUCUUCUUGAACUUUGCCCAGGUGUGGUGUGGGACCUACCGACCAGAGUAUGCAGUCAAUUCUAUUAAAACAGAUGUGCACAGUCCUGGCAAUUUCAGGAUCAUUGGGACUUUGCAGAACUCUGCUGAAUUUGCAGACGCCUUUCAUUGCCGCAAGAACUCAUACAUGAAUCCAGAAAAGAAAUGCCGAGUUUGGUGAUCUUCACAAGAAGUGGAGCGCCCAUGGCGAGACUCGCCAAAGCCACAGAAACAGGACCUCUCCCUCUGGAGAAAGUGGGCCCUGGAAGUUUCUGCAGCUACUUGGGGGCAGUUCACAGAGAUGAGCACAAGCUAGCAGAAAUGAAAUUAGAUCACCAAACCCUCUGUGAAUGGAAGGGAGGGAGCCUAAGCUCUAGCAAGCCAAUCACUUCACUGUGUAAAUAAUGAUUACUUCCAAACGGUGGCAUUACCGUCCAUUUCUGCUUCUCCUACAGACAGCGUGUUUAAUGCCGUCUGUAGAGAACAGUGUUAACACUGGAGGCAGACUACCACUUCUGAUCAAAGGGGAGAAGACAUUGAAUACAGUUGGGCACCAAAGCACCACAAUGAUUUGCCUCAGCACUCACAUUUGUUUGCAACAUUCACACUCCUUCAAAACUCUCCCAAAGAACUCCCAUGCAUACUGUGGCCUUAAGGCUUAUGCUGUUUUGAACUCAUUUCACCAUACAUAAGUUAUUCAUUCAUCCAGCAUCAUUUUAGCUUAAGUACUCUCACAGCAAAAAUGAGCAUCUGAAACUGUGAUGCUUAGAUUCUUGAGGCCCCUGCAGGUUUUUGAGCAAUUUCUUGCUCUCUCUCUGCCUCUCAGACCUUACUCUUUUAAAGGAUUUCUAGUAAUGUAUAAAGAAUAAUUAUUUAAUUAUUAACUACAUUUAUGACUGAGUAACCAUUGAUAUAGAUAAUCAUUAAAUAUUGAAGUUACAAAGAUAGUUACAAAGUUCUGUAACUUGAUGUGCAGAUGAAAACUUGAGACUUUUUAGACCUGUAAAUCAUAUUGGUGAGAAGCUUUAAGUACAAACUCUGGGGUGAAGAUUAUCACUGAACCUCUGUCUAGAGAUACAUAAUAGUUGUGGUUUACAAACAGCAUUUUCAAGAUGAGGUCUGUCCUCGAGAAUGGCUAAGAGAGGGCCUAAAGUGUAUCUGUGUUGCUCCCUGAGUCCUUAUCUCUUCAGGUUUGUCAUCCAAUGGAAAUACUUUGAUAAUAAAUUGAAGUUGUGAUCCCCUCACUAGGCCUGUGUGCAAGCCAUCUAGCUCUAGAAAGCCCAUGGCUGAGUAGAGUUUGGAAGCUUCCACCGGACCUACUUCUUGAAUUCUACAAUUCAUGGACUCUAAUUGGAUUUCUGGAGGCACUCUUAUUCCCUUCUUGUCCCUCUGCUUACUUUAGUGAAUUUCACUGUCCAACUAAGAUUUUACAAAAGAGGAGCAUUUCUACAAUCCUUUUUUUUUAACCAAAAGUUUAAGAGGAGCACAUUUCUAUCAAAAAUAUUGGUUUUCAUGCCUCUUGAAAUAAAGGCCAUUUGCUUGUAAAUGUUUUACAGUAUAAUAUAUAAAACUGCAUAGAAAAAAAAACUAUACAGUUCAGAGAACUGACUUUCUCUGAACAUAGAAUUAUAGCUAAAACCUAUAAGAAAUGGAACACGGUAGCCACCUGCCAUCAUCACUUCACAUACAUUAUUCAGUUUGCCAAUAUAAUGCACUAACUUUGCCCCCUUUUGUCUUUUACUCAAACAUGCAUUCUUUCUUAUCUUCUCUCUGCCUUACAUUUGUAAGAUUUGGCUACGUGGUUGGUUUCUGUAUGGAUGUGUCAUUGUCAAAUAAGAGUCCAUUGUGUGACUACACUACAAAUUAUUAUUCCACCUUAUUGUUGAUGGACUCUCAAGAAGAUUCUAGUUUGGGUUGUUAUAAAUGAUACAACUAUGCAUUAUGAACUGUGCUUAUAUAUUCAUCUUUACUUGAAACAUCAGUAGAAUCACUUUCCCAAGUCUUUCUAAAAAGUAUCAUCAAUAUUAAAAAUACAGUUUCAGACUAACCACAAAUAUCCUUAUCCUGCCCAUUUAAAGCAAACAUUAUUGUCAUGGAUAAUUACAAUAUACUUAUAUCACCAUUUCUUUGAAAUCAACUGAAAUAUACUUGAUUACUAUUUGCAGUGGUAGCAGUAGAUUUCAGUUAAACAGCUAUCUCUGGGUUAUUUUUAUCCACAUCCUGUCAUAGCAACCAAAGAGACAAAGUGAAAAGUAACUAGUACAAACUGUACAUGGCUACUAGAAUCUCCACUGGUAGUUCAUUAAAGCAUCUAGCUUCCAGUUCUGUAUGACAGCAAUUCUGGUGCCUAGACCCCCACUGUAUAUACAGCAUACAAUAUUUUCUUUGGGCUAAGGGACAUGUAAAAGUUAGAAUAACAUUUUCCCCCUAUAAUUCACACAUUCAGACAUCACUGAUUGUAGCUGGUACUCAGAACCCUCUGUUCUCUCUUAAUUGCAACCAGCUGUUUGUCACAUUACAUAUAUAAUCUGACACAUAAAUCCACUCCCACCAUGUUCAAGUUCUGAUCAGGGAGAGUUUGUAAGUAGAGACACCAAGGCUUGAGAGCUGUUGUAACUCAGCAGUGAUGAUAAGAUUAAGCUCCUGGUAAUAUGUAUUGGCGAGGCGUCUGCUUUUAUACCACAGUGUCUGUGUUUGAGGUGCAAGGAUGCUCUCCAGGAAGUUAAGGGCUUGUUCUAGCUCUACUCUGCUGUUGCUGCCAAAGUGACCUUGGGCACAUGUAUAUUCCCUGGGGCUUCUGCCUGUCUUACCCAAAUCGAAAACAGUUAGAUUCCAGCCGUUUGUACCAAUACUGCCUUCCCUAUAAUCAGUUACCCAGGAAACAAGGACCAAAAUUUUAACAAGCUUGAUCCUGUGAUGCUGUUACUGUUAGGCGUGAUGAUAGGGGAAAACUUGCUAACUUCUUUAAAGUAUGCAUAAUUCUGGUAGCAGUAGGUAGAGCUCUUAGAGUAGAAGGCAUCUGUCAUUUUAGAAAGAAAAUAAUAUUCUACUGUGUCAAAAGAAGUAUAAUCAGAAUUUUUUUUAAUUAGGUCCUAUUCUCUGGGGUAGAAAAUAACAACUACUUUCAUAAUGUUGUUUUUAUGCCUAGUUGACUGUUCAAAUCCCACCAAUACCAAUGUAAACCUAAAUCUACACACACCAUCUAUGCCUUGAAAAAUAUCAAGUUAAAACGGGGCAUUGGUUUCUAUGCAGUCUUAUUAUACUUUCUUCAUAGUUUCAUAUGAAAUGUUUUUAAAAAGAAUAAUCUGAACUAUUUUACCAACAUCUCAUUUUAAAGACAGCCAGUUUUCUGAUUAGGUUGUUCUUAUGGCUACCAAAUGUUAACAGGAGUCACACUUGAAAUUGGGUGACUCAGGCUAAAACCAAAUGUGCAGAUGUGAAGAGCAUUCGGGUGACUUCAUGAACAGAGGAGCCACAUGUGACUAUUGUCAAAAUGGCACGCUUGUUGCGUGCUUGCUUUUUCUCUAGUUAUAUUUUAUUAGUGUCUACUCCUUUGUGUUUUGCAUUUCCUCUAAAACAAUGAAAAAUGUCCUUGCCUUUUUCAACCUCACAAACAAAAUGUGCUUUUAUUUGGUUUCUAAAAAGGGAUCUUGGUUGUGCAGAAGAACUUUAGAAAAAUAAGCAUUGUCUCUUGCAGGGAAUAAUGAUGGCCUCUCGGCUUACAAAACAAGAGGUCUGGAAAGCCUGGUGUUCACACUUGAUGUUUUUCUUCUACCAAGAAAUGACCAAACUUUACCGUUUUCUGCAUGUUAAUAUUUUAUUACACUUUUAUAAAUGCACUUGACAACACAACAUCUCCAAUCUGAUCAUAUGAUCUUAUAAGUCUAACAUUGUUUUGUUUUUGUUUUUGUUUUUUUCUGAACUGGGAAGACAAAUGCAUCCAAGACUUAGUUUAGAUUUUCCUUAGUGAUAAACCCGGCACACACACUAUGAAUGCUCUGGGUUCCCUGAAACAUAGCAUCAAAGACGUAAUGCUGCAAUGUUCACAGGGUGGUCUGGUGCCAGAGAGGUAUAAAGAAAAAUCUGAAGGGAAAAUCCUUAGAUUUUUUUUUUAAUGAAAACAUGGGGAUAUGUUGAAUAUUCAUUAUCAUUUUACCUUUAGUGUUAAAGUAUUGUUGCAUAAAACAAGCGUCAGAAUGUAUGCCUAAAGUUAAGCAGAACUAACCCUGAAGAUAGUACUAUAUGAGAUCCAUUUUUAUAAAUUUGGGUUUCUGAGCCUAAUAUUUUUCUGGAAUGAGAAAGUAUUGCCAUUUAAAGGGUAAUUUUACAAUGUUAUUUGGAGAGGGAUGUGGUGAUUCCAUAACUGAAAUCCCAGGACUCAGGGGCAAAGGCCGUAAGAUUAAUGAGUAUUUGAGACCAACCUGGAAUACGCAGUGUUUUAGCCCAGCCUGGGCUACACAAUGAGAUACUGCCUCAACAACAACAAAACAAACAAACAAAAACAAUAAUAAUUAUUUGGAAUGUAAAAGGGGAUGUAGGUGACAGGAAAAUGGAAAAAUAUAUCACAUAUCAAAAUAUAAUUCCUCAUAAUAAAUCAGAGUAUUAAACAAA